AUGUUAAAACUAGUUGCAUUUAAUAAAGCGUCGGUUUCAAAACCGAUAGCGAGAUCAAUCGCCAAAGCUUCAUCUGCUGUAGCCAACAACAAAGCUUAUCGUCCUACAGGGGGCACUCAGAUGGUUACCAAAUCCACUUCGGCUCGGUUCUAUUCCACAAAAUCGACUGUUAUUCAAUUAUUAAACAAUAUUGGUUCCAAAAGAGAAGUUGAGCAAUAUUUAAAGUAUUUCACUUCAGUUAGUUCGCAACAAUUUGCUGUCAUCAAAGUAGGCGGGGCAAUUAUAACUCAACAAUUGGAUGAACUAGCUUCAUGUUUAGCAUUCUUAUACCAUGUGGGGUUGUAUCCUAUUGUUUUACAUGGUACAGGACCACAAAUUAAUGAAUUGUUGGAAAAUGAAGGUGUUGAACCUGAAUACAUUGAUGGUAUUAGAAUCACUAAUCCAAAGACUAUGGAGGUUGUGCGUAAAUGUUUUCUUGAACAAAAUUUGCGUUUGGUGACUGCUUUGGAAAAAAUCGGUGUUCAUGCACGUCCAAUUACUGCUGGUGUUUUCCAAGCUGAAUAUUUGAACAAGGAAAAGUAUGACUUGGUUGGUAAGAUCACUGGCGUUAACAAGGCGCCAGUUGAAGCUUCAAUCAGUGCUGGAUACUUGCCUAUUUUGACCAGUUUGGCAGAAACUCCAAGUGGGCAAUUGUUGAAUGUGAAUGCUGAUGUUGCUGCAGGUGAAUUGGCUAGAGAAUUUGAGCCAUUGAAAAUUGUCUACUUGAAUGAAAAGGGGGGUAUCAUUAAUGGAAAUACUGGUGAAAAGGUCUCCAUCAUCAACUUGGACGAAGAGUAUGAUGAUUUAAUGAAGGAAAGUUGGGUUAAAUACGGAACCAAAUUGAAGAUUAAGGAGAUUCACGAUUUGUUGCAACAUUUACCAAGAUCAUCUUCCGUUGCUAUUAUUGAUGUCGACGAUUUGCAAAAGGAAUUGUUUACUGAUUCGGGUGCAGGUACCUUGAUCAGAAGAGGCUACAAAUUAAUCAAUAGAAAUUCUUUGAAAGAAUUUGGAAAUCCUGACUUAUUGAGAACUGCGUUGUUGAGAGACCCUGAAAUCAAGGCUGGUAAAUUGUCAGUCGCUUCGUAUUUGAAAUAUUUGGAGUCUGUCAACUUUAAAAGUUAUGGUGAUGAACCAUUGGAAGUUUUGGCAAUCGUAGUGAACAAGGAAGGUACGGUUCCAAAAUUGGAUAAAUUUUUGUCAUCAAAAACUGGGUGGUUAAACAAUGUCACUGAUAAUAUUUUCAAUUCAAUCAAGAAAGAUUUCAAAUCAUUGUGCUGGAUAGUUGAUGAAAACGACGCCAAUUUGUCAUGGUACUUUUCCAAAUCUGACGGUUCAUUUGCCAAGAACGGUCAAAUAUUGUUCUGGUAUGGCUUAAACACUGAACAAGCUAGUGAAUUGAUAAAGGACUUUGACAACUCUGCAAUUGGCUCAUCUUUAUCAUCAAGCAAAGAGUCGGGUGUAUUUUCAACCAAUCAACAGAAAAGAGGUCUUCACACAAAAAGAUUUGCAUCAACAUCAUCUAACCCAAAUCCUCCUUUGAGAGAAGGCAAGAGUCAAAAAAAGAAGAAAGUUGCCUUGAUUGGUGCUAGAGGUUACACGGGACAAAAUUUAAUCAAACUUAUUGACAAUCACCCAUAUCUCGAAAUUUCACAUGUUUCAUCUCGUGAAUUAGAAGGUCAACAAUUAAAAGGUUACAACAAAGACACUAUUAUUUAUUCAAACUUGCAACCAGAAGAUAUCAAAAAAUUAGAAGAAAACGGUGAAGUUGACAUUUGGAUCAUGGCUUUACCUAAUGGUGUAUGUAAACCAUUUGUUGAUGUUAUUGACUCCAUUGGAAAUCCAAAUUCAAGAAUUGUUGACUUGUCUGCUGAUUACAGAUUUGACACUUCUGGAAACUGGGUUUAUGGAUUACCGGAAUUGAAUGAUCGUCACGCUAUUGCCAAUGCCAAAAGAAUUUCCAAUCCUGGAUGUUAUGCAACUGCUGCACAAGUUGCUAUAGCUCCAUUGAAGGAAUAUAUUGAUGGUAAACCAACUGUGUUUGGUGUUUCGGGUUACUCAGGUGCCGGUACUAAACCUUCACCCAAGAAUGAUGUUGAAAACUUGACAAACAAUCUCAUCCCAUACUCAUUGACUGAUCAUGUGCAUGAAAGGGAAAUUUCUAAUCAAUUGGGCUUAACUGUUAACUUCACUCCACAUGUAGCACAAUGGUUCCAAGGAAUAUCACAUACCAUCAACAUCCCCAUAAAGAAAGGUUCAUUAACUUCAAGAGAAGUGAGAAAUAUUUUCCAAGAUAGAUACAAAGGUGAGGACUUGAUAUCAAUCACUGGUGAAGCUCCCUUGGUUAAGGAGAUUAGUGGCAAACAUGGUGUUGUAGUUGGUGGGUUUGCUGUAAAUUCAAAUGAAGAUAGGGUUGUUAUUGUUGCUACUAUUGAUAAUUUAUUGAAAGGUGCUGCUACCCAAUGUUUGCAAAAUAUUAAUUUGGUACUGGGUUUUGGUGAGUAUGAAGGUAUUCCUCUUGAUCAUUGA